AUGGCAGAAAUUGCGGUAAACUACCUACUUGACAAGCUCAAGGACUUUCUGGAGAAUGGGGUUCUAUUCAAAGGUGCAGAGGAAGAAGUUACUUCAGUGAAGAGACAAUUGGAGUACAUAAGGGCAUUCCUGAGGGUUGCAGAUUCCCUGGAAGAGAGUGAUGAGGAAGUCAAAGUUUGGGUGAAGCAGCUGAGAGAAAUCGCAUAUGACGCUGAAGAUGCUCUUGAUGAGUUCAAACUUCUCCUGGCGCAUGAUCAUGGAAUUUGUUCUCCUGGUCUUCUCUCCAAGAUGUCCUGCUGUAUUAAGAACAUGAAAGGUCGCUACCGAAUUGCUUCGGAGAUGAAAUCCAUCAACUCCAGAAUCAGAAACAUGUAUGAUGGACACUGGAGAAUCCAUGACAAAUUAAAAGCCGAACAUCGUUAUGGCUCUAGUAAGCCAGAUAACACAUGGCAGGACCAGCGAGGAAAUGCUCUUCUUUUAGACAAAGCUGAGCUCGUGGGCAUCAGUGAACCGACAAAAAACUUGGUCGGCUGGCUAAUUGAGGGUGCUUCCAUGCGGGAAGUAAUCUCAGUUGUGGGGAUGGGAGGACUCGGGAAAACUACGUUAGUCAAGCAAGUUUAUGAAGAUCCAGAAGUGAAGAAACAUUUCAUGAUACGUGUGAUAACUCUUUCUCAAUCUCCAAAAAUAGAAGAGCUCCUCCAAGUCAUGGUUCGACAAAUAAUGAGGGAGACCCAAGCACCAGUUCCUCCUCUGCAGGACAACAUGGAUACAUUAUGCCAGAAGACUAUUAUAAAGGACCUGCUACAAAAAGCAAGGUACCUGAUUGUUGUAGAUGAUGCGUGGCACAUAAAUGAAUGGGAUGUGAUCAAACAUGCAUUGCCUAAUAAUAGCUGUGGCAGCCGAAUAAUUAUCACAUCCAGGAAUUCUGAUUUAGCAUAUACCUUAUGGAGAAUUCAGAGGAUGGUUUACAAGAUGGAGCCACUACCACCUGAAGAGUCAUGGAAGCUUUUCUGUGCAAAGACAUUUCAGGGGAACUCCUGCCCUCCUCAUCUAGAGGAGACCUGUAGGCUUAUUCUAAGGAAGUGCGAGGGAUUGCCACUUGCUAUUGUGGCCAUCAGUGGUGUUUUGGUUUCAAAAGACACUAGAAAAAAGGGUGAUUGGGAUCUGGUUCAUCGAAGUCUUCGUACUGAAAUAGAUUGCAAUGAUAAAUUCAGAACCUUGAAGAGAGUCCUCUCACUUAGUUUUGAUGACCUGCCAUGCUACUUGAAGUCCUGUUUCCUGCACUUGAGCGUAUGUCCCAGGGGUUCCCUCAUUAGCUGUGGGAGAUUAAUUCGAUUAUGGAUCGCAGAAGGAUCUGUAGACAAGAAAGAAGGUAUGACAGUAGAAGAAGCAGCCCAUGACUGCCUGUAUGAGCUCCUGAACAGAAGCCUGAUAGAGGUGGCUGUAAAAACAAGAGAUGGAAGAAUCCGGUUUUGCCGUAUCCAUGAUUUUCUGCUGGAUAUUAUUACUUCAAAGUCAAGUAACCAAGGUUUUGCAGAAACAGCGAUGGAAAACAAUCAUAAAUGGCCGGAUAAAGUUCGUCGCCUAUCAAUACAGAACAGCGUGCAAGCUACACAACAGAAAAGGUCAUUGUCUCAACUACGUUCUUUAUACAUGUUUGGGGUAGAGAGAUCUUCCAUGGAUGCUGUUCUAGGUAGAGAAAUGAGACUGCUCACUGUUCUGAAGUUGCAAACAGCUUCUUUGACAAAGUUCCCAGCUCAAGUUGCUGAGUGGCGCCACCUGAGAUAUCUAAGUUUCAGGUACAGCAAGGUGAGAACUGUUCCAUGUUCCAUAGGGAACCUUCAAAACCUAGAGACUUUAGACCUUACACACAAUGGCUUCAAGUCCCCAGAAGGUAUAGGGGCUCUACAGUCCCUGCAAAAGCUCUGCUCCAUAGAAGCGCGCGACAAUAGAAACAGCAGCUUAAUAAGAGAGCUUGGAAAGUUGAAAGAAUUGAAUAGGUUAGGCAUCGUGAAGUUGAGAAAAGAAGAUGCGAGGGAAUUGUGCUUGUCGAUUGAAAAAUUAACCAAGCUUCAAGCAAUAUCUGUAAGUUCAGUCGAUGAAAAUGAGAUUAUUGAUCUACAAUCCCUAUCUUCUCCACCUCCGUUUCUCCAAAGAAUCUACUUGACAGGACGUCUGGAAGCAUUACCACAUUGGAUGUCAUCUCUUGAUAGCCUAAUGGUAUUGCAACUGAUAUCUAGUCAGCUAAAGGACAAUCCAUUGUCGUCUCUGGGGAAUUUACCUAAUCUUGUGUAUCUCGAGUUGUUUCAGGCUUAUGAAGGAACCAAGUUGUGUUUUAAUGCCAACGGCUUUCUGAAGCUACAGGUUCUGAGCCUUCAUUGUUUUGACAAACUCAAAUGCCUGGAAGUGGAGAAGGGAUCAAUGCCUUGUCUUGAGAAGUUGUUUAUAGCGAAUUGUAAGCUAAUGGAAGAGCUACCAUCGGGUAUUGAGCACCUGGAAAAGCUGACAUUGCUGCGGUUUAUCGACAUGCCUGAUGGGUUAGUGAAGAAACUUACGCGAGACGCACAAGAUGAUUAUUACCUGAAAGUGGCACAUGUUCCAGAAGUAUAUUAUGGUCACCGGAAAGAUGGGAGAUGGGAUGUUGUCAUGCUUACGAAGGCAUUUGUAUGA